AUGGCGAGCCGAAGAAAAAGAAAAGGACUUCGUUCCCAAAGGAAGUGUGAAGAGGAGUAUGCUUCUGAUGAUGCGGUGGAGACUACGGUCCAUGAGCACGGUGGUGCCACUGCGCCACCUAUGUCAGAGCUCGUGGUCCUCAUGAAGGAUUUCAUGCAAGUUCCGUCUGGAGAGACCCCGACUGAGACAUAUCAUCGCCUCAAGAGCCUGUACCGGAGAUGGGUUCGUCCCGACCAGCUCACCAAGGAGCAAAUCGGAGAGCUCGUAAUCAUGGAGCAGCUUCUACGUGUACUACCGCCCAACGUCCGUACAUGGGUCCGAGAGCAUGAGCCUGAGGAUGGUCUUACCGCGGCCAGAUUGGCGCUGCAGCACCAGAACGCUCGUCGAGGAGGACCUCCUCGGUUCACCAGUUCUGCACCACGAUCUUCGCAGACGUCUGCACCCAACUUCCGUGUACGGGAGGGAAGUCAGGACACCAGAGGUAAACUCAGCUCUGCUUCAACUCAGCCAGCGACUGCAAUCACAUUUGUGAGAGAAAAUGGCAUCGGACAUGCAGAGUCCUGUGGUGCGGAUCGCCUCCAGACAAAAGCACCGCUGGGUCCCUCCAAACACUCCAGCUUCAGAGGCGACUGUAGAGGGAAAACAGACAAGAUAGAGCGAGAAGGAGGGGAGGAAAUGAGCUGA